UUCUUCUUCUUCUUCUUCUUCUUUUAUUGUGAAGCCUUUAAUUACGCACUUUGGAGUGUCCCAACGGGACAUCUUGUUGGUCCUCAGUGCGCAAUUGUGCGUUAUUGCCACGCACAAGGAAGGCGUAAUGGUGCAUGCGCCAAGACCUGAUUAGAUGUUCGUGUGAGCGUGCGUCGAUGUGUGUGAGAGUAACGCUCCUCAACGUGCUCAGAAUAUCUUGGACUGACGGAUCCAGAGGGGCAGCCCGGUCACACGACCGGCGCCCGGGUUUUUCCCCAAUAUGCUUCCCCCCCUGCUCGCAGCGUUUGGGUCCUUCAGCGCGCCGUGUGCGUCGUUUGGUUUAAUUCCAAAGCUCCCUGCUCUUUCUUUCCCUCUAUUCUGCGCUGCGCAUCAAGGUGGCUGCCCAGCGGGUCAUCGCGGACAGUCCGGCGACUGGCUGAAAGCUGAGCCCGCCCGCACGCACGGAGAUACGGACUGCAGUUUUACUUGAAGAGAGGAGGUGUGUAAGGGGGGUGGGAGAAUGGAGAACCCGGCCAGGUAUCUCUCUUCGGUGCAGGGGAUAGAUUCCGUGCCGGCGCCCCUCGGAGAGAUCAUGUGGAACAGCACUGAAACGGAGGCGACAAACGACGGCGGGAAGGAUAUGGUGGUGCGCACGGUGACCGGCUGCCUGCUGUCCUUGCUCAUCCUUUGGACUCUGCUGGGGAACAUCCUGGUGUGCUCCGCGGUGCUGCGCUUUCGGCACCUGCGGACCAAAGUCACCAACAUCUUCAUCGUGUCCCUUGCUCUGUCGGAUUUAUUCGUGGCCGUGCUGGUGAUGCCCUGGAAGGCUGUGGCGGAAGUGGCCGGAUACUGGCCGUUUGGCACUUUUUGCAACGUCUGGGUCGCCUUCGACAUCAUGUGUUCCACCGCGUCCAUCCUCAACCUCUGCAUCAUCAGCGUGGAUCGGUACUGGGCCAUCUCCAGCCCCUUUCGAUACGAGAGGAAAAUGACCCAGCGGGUCGCCUUUGUCAUGAUCAGCAUCACCUGGACACUCUCCGUGCUGAUUUCAUUCAUACCGGUCCAGCUGAACUGGCACAAAGCCACCGCCGACGGGUUGGCCGGAGCGCACAACUCCUCCGCGAGUCGGCAACUGGAGGAGAACUGCGACUCCAGCCUGAGCCGCGAGUACGCAAUCUCCUCCUCGCUCAUAAGUUUCUAUAUUCCCGUGGCGAUCAUGAUUGUAACGUACACCAGGAUAUAUCGGAUUGCUCAGAUCCAGAUCAGAAGGAUAGCGUCCCUGGAGAGAGCGGCGGAGCACGCGCAAAGCUGCCGGAGCAACAGGAUAGAGUGCCAACACCACAACACGCUAAAGACUUCGAUCAAACGGGAGACCAAAGUGUUUAAAACUCUUUCGGUGAUCAUGGGCGUCUUCGUGUGCUGCUGGUUGCCCUUUUUCGUGUUGAACUGCAUGGUCCCGUUCUGCAACAAGCCGGCUGCGGACCGAGACGCGGGCCUGCCGUGCGUCAGCGAGACGACCUUUGACAUCUUCGUGUGGUUCGGUUGGGCCAACUCCUCCCUCAACCCCAUCAUCUACGCCUUCAACAACGAGUUCAGGAAGGCCUUCGCCAGCCUCCUGGGCUGCCGCUACUUCUGCUCCAGCACGCCCGUGGAGACGGUGAACAUCAGCAACGAGCUGGUCUCCUACAACCAGGACACGAUCAUCCACAAGGAGAUCGCCAACGCGUACGUCAACAUGAUCCCCAACGUGGUCGAAUGUAUGGAGCACGAGGAGACGUUCGACAGGAUCUCGCAGUUUUCUCACAACAACGACAACGCCACAGACUCCGUUUGCGACUUGGAGGACUGCGAAGCGGACAUCAGUCUGGACAGGUUGUCACCUUUCACCCCAAACGGAUUACACUGACUCCACACGGUGCGUCACUGGGUGUGUUGGUGAUUCUCAGAGCCGGCCCAAAGUUAUCCGGGGGCCCUGGGCAGAAUUUGAUUCGGAGGCCCACUUCUGAUUAAGCUCAACAGCUGUCAGCAACUAAAGCGCCACGAGUUUUUUUUAUUGUCCAUGCUCGAUCAUUAUUUAAAUUCUGCAUUUGAACAUUUUGGUUUGCAGCGAGAUAGUUGGCCAAAACAAACAAACAAGCAAACAAACAAACAAACAAACAAAUUCUUAAAGGGAUAGUUCAGAUUUUUAUCAAAUGGAAGGUAAAUAAUCAGAGCUGGGCCAAGAGAAUCAAAGGACAGCCUCAGAUUCAAAAUGUUUGUAGAGAUUUAUGGGAACACAAAGAUGUGAACCUUCAAACUGUUUGAAUUAAUUCAUUAUAAAGGUAGAAAGCAAACACACUGUGGAACAAUUGUGCUCAGGCAGUCUGGUCAAAGCAACUACAGUGCCUUGCAGAAGCACUCCCAACCCUUAAACCUUUUAUUUUUUACAUUUUGUCACAUUAGAGACAAAUUUAAUUGGUGUUUUAUGUGAUCGACCAAGACAAAAAUAUUUAAAUGCAAAAAAAAAA